AUGGAUCAGUAUCUUUUCUUCAUGCAGUCCCGUGGUAGGAGAGACUCCAUGUAUGCACUUGAUCUAAGCAUCAAUGGCGGCAACAGAGGUAAGGCGACAAUGAAGAAAACGGUUGAGCAGUCGCCACAAUUUAAGUCACCCGUCCAUCAGGUAGCAUCACUAGCCCCUCCUCUGCCAUCGUCACCAGCUCUGUCAAUGCUCAACUGCUACUACAGCUCUUGGUUACUCGGUAUGCUCUCAUUUGACAACGCCAUCCACAGAAAUGGUACCCGAGACAGCACCACUGCUGCCAUCGAUUUAGCCAUGGUGAAAGCUAAGACGAGUGAACCAGUUGCAUCAAUUAAAUCAACAUCAGCCUCUAGCAAAAAGCCGUCAACAGGAGAGGAGCUAGUGUCGCCGGCCACAAAGUCGCGUUACCAGUGUCCACACUGCCACAAAGUGUUUCCACGCUCCGCCAACCUCAACCGCCACUUGCGCACGCAUACGGGUGAGCAACCCUACUGCUGUAGCGAGUGCAACCGACGCUUCAGCAUCUCCUCCAAUAUGCAACGUCAUGUACGCAACAUUCACCAACUUGAACGCCCUUUUGUGUGUCCACACUGUUCUCGUGCCUUCGCUCAACGCACCAAUUUGGAGCGGCAUUUACGCCAUCAUGUCAACGAAAAGGUCAAGCGGCUGUGA